ACAGACCUGUAGCUAGCUAACUAGCUACCAACCUUUCUGUUCUUACCCACGGAAUAAGCCAGGCAGUAGACCAACAGUUCCCCAAAUCUCCCCGGCUGGCAAGAUGUUUUCUGCCGCUGUUCGAAUUUCAGCUGCCGGUAUCAGGACUGCUGUGCGAUCACGUCCCUGUUUCACAGCUCCUCUGGCAGUGCGAUGCUAUUCCCAUGCAAAGCCAGAGACUGAUGAGGAGUUUGACGCUCGCUGGGUCACCUAUUUCAGUAAACCUGACAUUGACGCCUGGGAACUGAGGAAAGGGAUGAAUACGUUGAUUGGAUAUGACCUGGUCCCUGAGCCUAAGAUCCUAGACUCCGCCCUCAGAGCGUGCCGGAGGCUGAACGAUCUGGCCAGCGCCAUCCGGAUCCUGGAGGCCGUGAGGGACAAGUCAGGACCUCACAAAGACAUCUACCCAUACGUCAUCCAGGAGCUUCAGCCCACCCUGCGGGAGCUGGGCAUCUCCACCCCGGAGGAGCUGGGCCUAGACAAACUGUAAACGUCCACACCCUGGGUCUUCUCUCAUCCGUGACCACAGCCGAGGAGGUCAACCAUUGCACUUAGUGUCUGCCGUGGAUGCCACUGUCUCUGUUUGUGCUAUUGUGUACAAAAUGUCGGACCUAAUAAACAAAGCAAUAUUUAAUGUG